UAUCGAAUGAUAGCUAUCUUUAUUGGGAUGUAUGUGUCAUCCCUGAAAAGCGAAAAUGGACCGCACGGUGAUGACUGGUCAUGUGACUCCGUCCGUUUCGCCAUUUUCAUCCUCUCCACCGGUGAUCUGUGCUACACUGUAUCCGCGGCUCUUCCUAAUCGUGGUGGCGCAGGCAAUUGUGUUGUCAAAUUGCGAGCAGUCUGAACAGCUAUCACCGAAGAACUUUGAAGCUAGACAUUUCUUAGUUCUUUUUGCACGUCUCAGCGCAACAUCAGAAGAAUGUCUGGCGAAGGACCCGAGUAUUCCCCGUUCUUUGCAGUGAUGGGAGCAUCAGCCGCAAUGGUCUUCAGCGCCCUGGGCGCUGCCUAUGGCACGGCGAAGAGCGGCACAGGUAUCGCCGCCAUGUCAGUGAUGCGGCCGGAGCUGAUCAUGAAGUCCAUCAUCCCCGUGGUCAUGGCGGGUAUCAUAGCCAUCUACGGCCUGGUGGUGGCUGUGCUCAUCGCCAACAACAUCUCAGAGAGAGUGCCACUCUUCAAGAGUUUCCUUCACCUGGGCGCUGGCCUGAGCGUGGGUCUGAGUGGCUUGGCGGCCGGCUUUGCCAUCGGCAUCGUGGGCGACGCCGGCGUGAGGGGCACCGCCCAGCAGCCUCGGCUCUUCGUGGGCAUGAUCCUCAUCCUGAUCUUCGCCGAGGUGCUGGGGCUCUACGGCCUGAUCGUGGCCCUCAUCCUCUCCACUAAGUAAACCGUGCAGCAAGAGAGAACAAAUGACAACGUUCGACAACAUGCCGCAUAGAGAAUCACCAUGUACAUCACACACGCAUACACGCGCAUCGCACACACAUACACACAUGCAUCUAUACAGUACAUACACAUGUUCUACUUGCUCAAUCACAUGACUACUAACUUAAGUCAGACCCAACCCAUAUUCUGCAUUUGAAACAAAAAAAAAGUAUUCUCAUGAAUCUCAACACUGUAAAACCCUCACGACAUUAAUAACAACACCAACACCCCAGAGUAGAGAGGAGUUGUGUGUGUGUGUGUGUGUGUGUGUGUGUGUGUGUGUGUGUGUGUGUGUGUGUGGUUGUUUGAGUAAUUGAAUGAAUUGUUGUCUGAAUGGGUGUGAGAUCUGUUUGCAUGUGUAAUAUACACACACGAGCUCCUCUUCUCUCCUAGUGUACAGUACACCUGAGUUUAGUCGCUUCUGUAAAUGCGCUGUGUAUUCUGUGCUUUGUUCUGUGUGUGUGUGUGUGUGUAUGCGUGGGUGUGGGUGUCUGUUUAGAUAGUGCAUCCAUUUCUCCUCCCUCCUUGACCUUGUUAUGCUCUGCUUGUUUGUGUUCAUUUUGUGUUUUUUGUGUGUUUUUUGUCUUUGUUUUCCUCAUGUAUGCAAAAAACAUUUUUUUUAAUUAUUUUGGGACCAUUUCUGAUUUUCCACAUGACGUUGAGGACCUAUCAAAUAAUAUACAAAUUAUACUUUUUUUUUCUCUCACUGGUUAUUUAUAAAGAGUUUCAGUUAUUCAUGAAACUGUUUAACAGGAACAGAAGAAGUCUUUAUUGAAUCCCAAUGCUCUCUAUAUAAAUAAGUGUAUUAUAUAAAUAUAUAUCUGUAUAGCUAGGUGAGUUGCACUGUGGGUAAUUUUGUUCUAAGUGCUUGGAGUUUCACUGGAUGUAAUCAUUGGUUAACAUGGAGAUAGUUUGUCUGUACUCAGAUAUUGAUGUGGGAGUUAAACAAGUGUGUGUGUGUGUGUGUGAGAGAUUAUGUACGUCUGCACGCAUGUUAUCUCUGGUUGUGUGUGUGUGUGUGUGUGUGUGUGAAUGUGCGUGUGGGUGUUUUAACUCAAAGAAGACAUUCUCAAAAACACUUGUACCGUUUUAAUCUGUUGUUCUGCUGUCUCUGGUUGCGUCACUUGGCCCACGGAGGUCAGUGAAGGCCAUACCGUCCAGUUUCCUAAAUAAAUAAAUCUCCUCAACUUCCA